CUUCUUGUGUCCGAACCAGUCUGCUAAGUCAGUAGCUCAUCAGUUGUGGAACAACUAUUUCUGUGUCUACGGGAUGCCUCGCCGUAUACAUUCAGACCAGGGAGCCAACUUCGAGAGCGCUUUAAUAGCCGAACUGUUGAGUGUUGCAGGUGUUCAGAAGUCUCACACCACGCCGUACCAUCCGAUGGGGAACGGGUCCUGCGAAAGGAUGAAUAGGACGUUGGGAAACAUGAUCCGGGCCCUGCCAACGAGAGCAAAGCACAGAUGGCCUCAGGCGCUGAAGUCCCUCACGUUUGCGUACAAUUGUACAAUCCACGAGACCACAGGCUUUGCCCCUUUCCUGCUAAUGUUUGGGAGGACGCCAAGACUGCCUGUUGACAUAGUCUUUGGCUCUGUCAUAGAGAACCCAGAAGUUGUCGACUAUGACCAGUUUGUUCAGUCUUUGAGGAGAGAUCUGAAAGAAGCCAUGAAUACAGCACAGGCAUCUGCAGCGAAGCAGUUGAAGAGGCAUGCUGACCUUUAUGACAGAAGAGUCAGAGGAGCACCAGUGGAGAUUGGUGAUCGAGUGUUGCUGGCUAACAAGGUGGAGCGGGGAAAGCGGAAGCUCGCUGACCGUUGGGAGGAUACUGUCUACCUUGUCACUGGGUUGAAUGCUGACAGCCACACUUUUAAGAUUCAGAACAGCUCCACUGGACGGGAGAAGACGGUACAUCGCAACCUGAUAAUGCCAGUCAACUUCCUUCCUCUUCCCCAUGCUGCCGUUGAUGAGGGAACAGACAUGUCUGGUUUAACAGAGUCUGAGGGCAUGAAUGACAGCCUUAUGGUCUCAGCUGCCAUGGACACUGCAGUGGAUGAUGAUGCUGAGUACAGAACGAGAGUGUGGGUGUCAGAAUUGCCUUCUGAAGGAACAGGUGACACAAGCCUGGAGGGUGAUGUGCGAUCCUUGGAUGCUCAGGAUAUUCCACCUUUGGAUUCUGUGGAAGAUAUACUGCAGCUGGAAGUUCUGCCUCGGUCAGAGAGUCUUCAAGAAUCUGACCGAGACCGUAACAGUGUAGUGAGUGAGCUAAUUGACCAGUCUAUUUACGAUAUCCGUACUGACCUACCAAACUCGGACCAUUCCUUACCUGAUCAGUUACAGACGGACUGUGUUGACAGUCCCACUAUUGCAACAGUACACAACACUGUUACCUCUUAUGCAGUUGAAGGUAGUCAGGGUCGUAUUAGGUCAAGGGCAGGAAGACUAUUUAAACCAGUGUCAAGACUGAUUGAGAUUAUGAAUCAGCAGACAGUUAGCUCUUGAAGGUUUAAUAUGUGAAUAGAGGGUCAAUGGUAUUGGCAUCUUUUAUUUGUUUUGCUUUUACAUCAUUGUGACCAUGAUUAGAGGUUGCAAGAUGGUAAUGUGACGGAUAUGAUCAACUCUCUUAUGGUAGUUUAUUUUAUUACUUGGAUGUUUUAAAGUCACUGAGUGUACUUAACAUGUAACAGGCAUGUUUACCUAUGAGGGCUAAGGGGAUUGAUCAACCGCUUUUCACUCUAAUUCUCAAGGAGAAUAGUCUAAUGACUGGAAUAUUUAGUGACUGAUUUAAAGCAGGGUCUGCAUCCUUGAUAUACACAGCUUUACCUUUUAGUUUCUCUAUUAGGUAGUAUAAAAAUAUAUCAAUUUUUUUUUUUUCUCUGAGUUAUUCUGUACAUAUGUUGAGUGUCUCUGUAUCUGGUAUGUUUGCACAGUGCCGUUUUGUAUUUUUUUAUUAUUUUUCUUUGCAAGUGGAAUUCAGUAGGGGGGAGUGUAACAGGGUUUUAUUGGUGAUUCCCCUUGCCACUUUAUUGUUAAGCCAAUGGGUUUUUGGUUUUAGUUUUGUCUUGCCGUCACCUACUCAACAUGGCAUCUUAUUGGCUGGUUUGCGUAGCUUGCUUACGAGGGAGGAUGUUUCAUUAGAAUCGUCCCAGUGAACAAGCACCAAACCAGCGGUAAGUUGUUGGUUGCAAAGCACUGUACAUCAAAAGUGAUUUUUAUACUCCCAAGUGAUGAUUUAAGUGUACAAUUUAUAUACAUUUGUUUGUAAAUGUUAUUCGAACAUCACACAUAAGAUGCAAUGUUUUUUGGAGAAUAUUGGUUGUGCAUUUUGGUUGUAAAGAAUUCCCGCCAGUACUAGCUAGCAACUUACUGUGUCUGGUGGGGGGGGGUUCAUAUAUUUUGUACAGUGCGUGAGUGCAGAGUUGGAUGGUGAGCCGUGCAUUGCAUGACGUGCAAUUUUGUGCUGUUCCUACCAGGUACAUUGUUAAAGAUAUUAUAUUGUAUAUUGUAAUUGUAUUAUUAUGGUAACUACAUGGCCCAGUGAACAAGCACCAAACGAGCGUGCGUGAGUGCAGAGUUGGAUGGUGAGCCGUGCAUUGCAUGACGUGCAAUUUUGUGCUGUUCCUACCAGGUACAUUGUUAAAGAAUAAAUCUCCAUGACGGGUGCUACAUGUUGGAA